AUGUUUGAUGAUAUUCCUUUAGCUCCAAGAGAAAAUAUUAUUUUUCAACAUGAUGGUGCUCCAGCACACAAUGCUCACAUAGUUCGCGACUAUUUAAACGGACAAUUUCCAAACCGAUGGCUUGGAACUUACGGACCCAUUGAAUGGCCACCACGAUCACCUGAUAUUCUCUUAAAAGAGAAGAAGGGGUCACUUAAAAACAAUAGUGUAUGGCAACGCUCCUAUAAAUCUUCAAGAUUUAAAAGAUAA